UGUAUAUAAGCAGAACAACUUGCAUAAAUAAAGACAUUUUACUUUCUGCCUUUAAAGAAUAAAGAACUUUGUCUAGUAUUUAUUUACCGGACGGGUUUGAAAAUCUUAAAAAAGUAUUUUAUAUAACAAGUGUGUGUGUGUGUGCAAACAUAUAUUUACCAUUUACCAGCAAAAACCAUUUACUCAGCUGACGUGGAAAACGGCAACAAAAGAGAAAUCUGAAUUGAAUAAAAUGGCAACUUUUUCAAAUGAACAGUUUUUAACUGCUACGAGUUGUGAUAUCAGAAGUAGCUCUUUUACACAGUGUUCCGUUCGUUUUAAGGGCCAAAGAGAUCCAGCUUUAAUCGAAGACUUUUUGUCUGCAAUCGUCGUUUUUAAAGAUAUCAACCGAAUUUCAGAUAUUGAUGCUUUGCGUGGCAUACCAUUUUUAUUAGAGGAUUAUGCUGCUUCUUGGUGGAUUGGUGUUAAAGACAGCAUAUGUUCAUUUGAGCAGGCAAUAUCCCUUAUUUGGACUACAUUUACUCCUCAUAUUCCUGAUUGGCGUAUUUUUUUGAAAAUUUUUGAAAUCAAACAACAGAAGAAUGAACCAACGGAUACAUUUAUUUCCAAAAAGAGACUACUUUUCUCCCAACUAAUGUUGUCUCCGGCUGAGUCUAUUCAACUAAAUAUACUGUAUGGCCUUCUAAAUACUAAUAUUAGAGAACAUAUUGCCCGUGAAAGUUUCAAUACUUUUGAACAGUUAAUGUCUGCCAGUCGUGAAGCUGAAAUGUUAACAAAAUCUGUUCCUGAUGUGAAAAAAAAUGUUCCCAGUACAAAUCGCUGUAGUUUUUGCCGAAAUAAGGGUCAUUCUAUAGAUACCUGUCUUAAAAAGAAAAAACGUGAUGAGGUUCAGAAUAGUCAACAGGUAACACAACAGAAUCAAAAUAUGCUUGAUAAUCGACCACAACUAGAUUUGUUGAAAAAACCAACAUUUUCUUGCUAUGGAUGUGGUGCACCUGGUGUUUAUCGCUCAAACUGUACUACCUGUAAUGGUAAACGUAAAGACAGUCCACAGUAUUUGGGCUUGGAUUAUUUAACUUCCACUGUUAGUGGACAUUCAUUGCCAACAACUUGUGUAGAAUUUUUCGGUCUUAAAGGUGAAGCUGUAUUUGAUUGUGGAGCUAAAACUAGUGUAACUAGUCUGGAAGUUAUGGAGAUCUUACUUGCUAACAAAUGCACCUUUCAAGACGUUUGUGCUGAAAUUACCCUUGCUGAUGGGUCUAUAACCACUGGCAAGGUUAUGUCUACCACUUGCGAUGUUAUUAUUGGCAACAGAUUAUGUAAAAUUGGUUUAAUUUACCUACCAAAUGCCACUAUUAACAGAACACUACUUGGUGCUGAUUUUCUAGAACAGGCUGGCAUUGUACUCAAUAUGGCUCAGAAGUAUUGGUAUUUUGAGGAUCAACCUAAACAAAAGUUUUCCUUUACAAAUUUAAUGGAAAUCGAAGUUUGUGCUUUGCAACUAGGUGAAGAGACUUCGUAAUUAUGAAUGACAGAUGUGCACUCACCUAUAACUGAGACUUUAAAAUCCAAAACAACAAGUUUUUUACUUCUAGACUCAAAUUCAAUUUACUGUGAAAAUUUUUUGAAAAUUAUAUUUAAGUAUAUGUUUAAGUAAAUUUAUUAAAAAUAUGUAGCAUAUGCAGUUUAAGUUACAUAAAUGCUCUUUUCUUUAUGACUUCAAAGGAAAGAAACUUUGUCUAGUAUUCAUUUACCGGGCAGGUUUGGCUUUAUUUGAGGUUUUAAGGAAAAGUAGUUCAGAUCAUUAAUGAUUAAGUUCAGUAAUCUAUGGGCUCAUAACCCCCAGUAAAUGUUUUUCUCCAAAAUAUUCAGAUGAAUAAUAACGUUUGAAGCAUUAUGUUCAAUUAGUUUCCCAAAUAAAAUAAAUUUUAUAUAUUUUAUUCAUAUGUUAGGUAUUAAGCCCCCGUUAAAAGUCAUCCUGUUAUUCUCCAAAUGUUCACAUGAUUGUCAAAGUUCUUUAUGAAGAGUUUGAAGAUUCUAGCUCUCAGAUAUAUGAUUUAUUCAUUUAAUUUUUAUGGGCGCUCUAAGCAACCCCCAGAUGUAAGUACACGCUUUUUUCUUCAAAUUGUUCAGAUGUACAUAAAAUUUCCUCGUUUGAAACUUAAAGAAUUUUGUUCUAUUAGUUUCCCAGAUAAACGAAUUUUUGUAUUUAAUUCAUAUUGGUGAUGCCGUUAAGACUCUGUUAUAAUAUCUCAGAUAUACUAAUUUAAUAUUUUCUCAAUAGUGAUAUGGCACCUCUCCCACUUAAAAUUUCAACAUAAAAAGUAGCCUAUUACUCUUUCAGACAUACAGGAAGUUACGGAAGAUACUGCGAAAAUUUCAUGUAAAUCGGUUCAGCCGUUUAGUCGUCUAUAAAGUUCUAACAUACAAUCAAACAAACUAUAUUUUAUAUAUAUUAUAAAAUAGCCGAUUUAGAUGAUAUCAUUGCUAACAGCAUGAUUUCAACUAUCUGUGUAUAUACAAACAUAUGUAUAAAAGUACUUUCCUUCAUUAGACCAACUUUUUCUAACUAAACCCAAUAUUUUUUGAAUUAUUUGAAUGCAGAUUAAAAGCUUAGAACAAAUUAUGAACCAAUAAGAAUCAGCGAUAUUUUGGUUGUUUACUAUAUAAUAAACAAACCUAUUUGUUAGAGCUUUAUCGGUAUUCCGGGGGCUUAGUGAAAAAAUGUCGAUUCGAUAUUGCCCAUUCUCAAUGAAAAACAUUAAUAUAUAAAUUAACGGUCCCUGAUUGAAAUAGAAGCAAAUUUCGUUUGUUGAAAGUUCCAAAUAAUCAGACAGAUUGUUUAGAGGCCGUCUUAAUAUUACAUACAUACAUAUGUACAUAUAUAUUUACAUAACUCAAAAGAAAAAAUCAAUAAAUUUAUUU